AUGGUUAAGAAGAAAAUUGAUAAUCGUAUUCGUGUAAUGAUAGAAAAUGGAGUAAAACUUGGACACCGAACAAUGAUUUUACUUGUGGGUGAUAAAAGCAGAGAUCAAGUACCGAUUUUGUAUGAUAUGUUAGUGAAAUCAACAGUCAAAGCAAGACCGACAGUGUUAUGGUGUUAUAAGAAUAAGGAUGAAGCUAUUAGCAAUCAUGGACGUAAAAGAGCAAAAAAGAUAGCAGCAGGUAAAUUAGAAGUAUCAGAAGAAUCUCUGUUUGAUUCAUUCCGAGUAGCUACAACCAUCCAUGGUAGAUACUAUUCUGAAAGUCAUGCUAUGCUCGGACAGACUUAUGGUGUUUGUGUUUUACAGGAUUUUGAGGCUCUUACACCAAAUUUAAUGGCACGAACAAUAGAAACAGUAGAAGGAGGUGGAUUAAUAAUAUUCCUAUUGAAAUCCAUGAACUCAUUGAGGCAGUUACACUCAAUAACUAUGGAUGUACAUUCACGGUUUAAAACGGAAGCACAUGACACCGUUGUGAAUAGAUUCAAUGAAAGGUUUCUACUAUCUUUGGCCGACAAUCCCCGAUGUCUGGUUUUAGAUGAUUCACUCAAUGUACUGCCAAUAUCCUCUAAAACAGCACAAGUAGAUCCAGUAAAUGCAGUGCCAGAGAAAGUAAAUCCAAAACUGACAGAACUAAUACAAUCUCUAUCAGACAGUCCGCCGGCAGGACCGCUGGUUGCGUUGUGUAGAACGUACGAUCAAGCUACCGCGUUAGUAGCACUCAUUGAUACAUUAGCCGACAAACAGUCUAGACCACCCCACUGCCUUACAGCCAGUCGUGGUCGUGGUAAGUCGGCGUGUCUAGGCCUGGCCGUUGCGGCUGCGGUGUCACUGGGCUACGUUAACAUCUACGUCACGUCUCCACACCCAGAGAACUUGAUUACGUUAUUUGAGUUCGUCCUCAAGGGUCUCGACGCCUGCUUGUACCAGGAACACAUAGAUUACAAUAUUGUUCGAUCAACGAAUCCAGAUUUUAAGAAGGCCAUUGUGAGAGUCAACGUUGCGAGAAAUUCGAGGCAGACUAUUCAGUACAUAACCCCAGACGACCACUCGUUGCUAUCUGCUGCUGACCUGGUACUUGUGGACGAGGCGGCUGCCAUUCCUCUGGAACACGUGGCUGCUGCAGCCACCAAGGCUCCUUUAGCCCUUCUAUCCUCGACAGUUUCAGGCUAUGAAGGAACGGGAAGGGCUCUAUCUUUGAAACUCUUCGCACAACUACAAAAUGAACAUAAUGCCCCUCCACCGAUCAAACUAGAAGAACCUAUUCGUUACCGUGCCGGUGACUCUAUAGAGCGCUGGUUAAACUCCGUCCUCUGCCUGGAGGCUCCUCCGCCAACUCCUGGCGCGGGAGCUCCACCCCCUGCCGCCUGCGAACUGUUACGCGUGAACAGAGAUGCUUUGUUUUGCUACCAUAAGGCUGCUGAAGCGUUCCUUCAUCGGCUGGUGGCUAUUUAUGUGUCUAGUCAUUAUAAGAACAGUCCAAACGACCUCCAACUACUAGCAGAUGCGCCUGCGCAUUGCCUCUUCGUAUUACUCGCGCCGACUCCACCAAAAGCCACCUCGAUGCCAGAAGUACUGUGCGUCAUACAGUUGUGUCUUGAAGGCAAUUUGUCUGACAGAUCGGUAAAAGACAGCCUCGGACGCGGUCGCAAAGCCGCAGGAGACCUGAUACCAUGGAACAUUUGUGAACAAUUCGGUGAUAAGGACUUUCCAAAGUUGUCUGGAGCUAGAAUUGUAAGGAUCGCCACACAUCCUUCGUAUCAACGGAUGGGUUAUGGCAAGCGGGCCUUACAACAACUGGCCGCAUACUACUCCGGUGACAUUCCAUGUCUUGAUGAAGCAGCCAGUGAUGGUGAUGAUGAGCAGAACGCACAGAAUGAAUCGCUUCACACGGAGACCAUUGUACCUAGGGCAAAACCACCGACCCUCCUACGUCGUUUAACAGAAGUAAAGGCUGAGCAUUUGGACUAUUUGGGUACCAGUUUUGGACUUACAGAAAAUCUCUUGAAAUUUUGGAAAUCACAGAAAUAUGUUCCGGUAUAUUUAAGUCAAAAAUCAAACGAAUUAACGGGCGAACAUUCGUGUAUAAUGCUUCGAUCGAUGGGUGAUACGUCCUGGUUGGCCGCCUACAGUGUUGACUUCAAAAAGAGAUUUUCCCGACUUUUGGGGAGAUCAUUCAGAAAACUCCCCGCUGCGUUGGCACUCUCUACCCUUCUCAAUGACAGCGUCAAAAUUGAAAAGCCGUUAGCAACAAAAGAGCUGAUCCAGCAACAUCUCUCCGGGCACGACCUCUCUCGUGUAGAGUCGUAUUGUCGGCAACAAGCCGACUACAGGCUGAUCACAGAUCUCAUAGCACCUCUGGCAUAUCUCAUCUUCCACACGAAGAUCUCACUCAAAUUGGAUGCUGUACAACAGGUACUUUUCAUAGCAAUGGGAUUCCAAAUGAAAGAUGUGGACGAUAUCGCAUCGGAGCUUGGCCUCCCCGGUUCCCAGAUUUUAGCGAAAUUCUACGAAGCCUGUAAAAAGAUAAAUUCGGCUCUCAACAUUAUAUUAGAAAACACCGUUGCCAAGGAAAUCGGUAUCGAAGAUAAAAUCGCUGACGUCAGCACUGGAGGACCCAUCAAACAAAGCCUCCAAGACGAGUUGUCGAAGGCGGCCAAGGAGUUGGAACGCAAACAACGUAAAGAGUUGUCUAAACUCAUGGGAGAGGAUCUCGCCCAGUAUCGGAUCAAGGGAAGUGACCUGGAUUGGGGACAAGCCCUUACGACGUCCAAUCAAAAGCAUCUGGUUUCUGUGAAAAGUGGUGAAAAGCGACUCGGUGAUGACAGCAAAGAGAUAGAUGACUUAAUAGAACACGGGAACAAGAAGAAAAAGAAAAAACAUGUUAGGAAUAAAGAUUAG